AUGGAAUACAGAAGUAGGGGUGCCCUUAUUGAAUCGCUGAUUGGAAACGAAAUAGAGUGGAUUCCACCUGACCUAUUUAAAGGAACAAACAUCAAAAUCUUGGCUCUGAGCCGAAACAACAUUCAACAAUUUCCUGGAGAUCCUCUGGGGAAUAUGCCCAAUUUGUGGUUUCUAGGUCUAAACGACAAUGAGAUCAAGGUAAUUUCCAAGAGUCAUCUCAACUACUUGGCCAGUUCACCACUGACACACCUAAAUAUUAGUCAUAACAAGAUAAACUACAUACAACCUGGAGCCUUAUCACAGUUAAAACAACUCAAAAUUCUAGAACUACACAACAACGAGUUUGAUGAAAUUCCACAAGGAACGUUCAAUCAGAUAGGCAGUCUGCUUCACAUAGACCUUCACAAGAACAAGCUGGAGAGUCUGACGGCCAAUAGUUUCACGUAUCUUCCAAAGAUCAUCACACUUCGAUUGCACAGUCAAACUCCCAAGAUGACCAAUGUCCAGUACAAUGCCUUUCACAACAUCAGCCAUGUCCUAGAGAACCUAUGGAUCAGCGAUAAUGCUUUAAAAACAUUUCCUCACCCAGCCCUUUCUGAAGAAACGUGGACUGCUUUAAAGAACAUUUACGCUGAAGACAACUUGAUCACAAAUCCUGCUCUGUACGGUAUAGAACAUUUUUCUAAAAGCAUGGGAUACACGGCCAAGACUCGCGCCCAGGCGCACAUGCCUUUUGACACGCUAAAGACUGUGGAGAGACUGUACGUUGUCAAACCUUAAGGCGCAAAUUCCAUUUGUCAGAAAUCCGUAUACAUAUUCGUAUACGUUAUCCACAAUACGUAAUCCGCAAUACGUAAUCCGCAUCAAUCACUUUCUAUAAUAAGUUGAGUAGAUUCC